CUACUCUGUCUGAUCUCUUCUAUAUCGGGGAACAACAAUAGAGUUUUCUAUUACAUUCAAUGCUGGCCGACACGUACACAGCCUUGAAUCCUGUGAGGAGGCCCGCGGAGGUGACGGAAGCCUUGAGCUACCAGUGACAGACAUCCACAAUGAGUGAGUUCCGAAUUCAUCAUGAUGUAAAUGAGCUCAUCAGUCUUCUCCGUGUGCAUGGAACUGAGGGAGCUGAGCUUUACAUAGAUCUCUUACAGAAGAAUCGCACACCAUAUGUCACGACUAGUGUGUCUGCUCACAGUGCCAAGGUGAAAAUAGCAGAGUUUUCCAGGACACCAGAAGAUUUCCUAAAGAAAUAUGAAGAGUUAAAAUCAAAGAACACACGUAAUCUUGACCCACUAGUAUAUCUGCUCUCCAAGCUUACUGAAGACAAAGAGACCCUUCAAUUUUUGCAACAGAAUGCUAAAGACAGAGUGGAAAUCACUACCAUUACUACUGCCAAUAGUAGCCUUCCUAUUGCUCCCAGCUCCGCCAAGAUUUCCAUGCAAGAGCUUGAAGAGUUACGCAGGCAACUUGGAAGUGUAACAGCUUCAACAACCAGUGGCCCCCAGCCAGUGGAGAUUCUACGGAAACAACUGAGAGACAAACUGAACAAGAAGAAUGUUGGACAACUAAUUCCUGUGUUCCCACAAUGGGUGUAUGAGAGACCAGCUCUGAUAGGAGAUUUCUCUUCUAUGUCUAGUACAAGUACAGAUGUCACCGUGCCAAUAGGAGCCCUUCCUCUUCCCUCCCAGGAAGCAGCCAUAGUUGAGGACCUACUAUAUGUUCUGAUUGGAGUUGAUGGACGGUAUAUUACUGCACAGCCCAUAGUGGGACAUCAAAUACGUUCUUUCUCAGUGGACCCAAACCUAGAUAUGUCUGUAAAAGAACUUGUGAACAGGAUACUACCUGUGGCUUCCAGUUAUUCUACUGUUACCAGGUUCAUUGAGGAGAAAUCUUCAUUUGAGUAUGGACAAGUAAACCAUGCUUUAAGUGCUGCGAUGAGGACUCUGGUGAAAGAAUACAUGAUCCUUGUUACACAGCUGGAACACCUACAGAGACAGGGGCUACUUUCCCUGCAAAAGUUGUGGUUCUAUAUUCAGCCCACUCUCAGGGCGAUGGAGGUAUUGGCAUCACUUGCCAUUUCUUUGGAUAAAGGGGAGUGUCUGGGUGGAGCCACACUUAGUCUUUUGCACGAUAGAACAUUUGGUUACACAGGAGAUACCCAGGCACAGGAGCUAUGUCUUUAUUUGACAAAGGCUGCCAGUGCCCCAUACUUUGAGAUCCUGGAGAAGUGGAUAUACAGGGGAAUCAUCAAUGAUCCAUACAGUGAAUUCAUGGUAGAGGAACACGAGUUACAAAAAGAGAAAAUACAAGAGGAUUAUAAUGAUAAGUACUGGGAUCAACGGUACACCAUUGUGCAACAGCAGAUUCCAUCAUUCCUUCAAAAGGUUGCAGACAAAAUCCUUAGUACAGGUAAAUACCUAAAUGUAGUCAGGGAGUGUGGUCGUGAUGUCACUUGUCCUGAUGCCAAGGAAAUCAUUUACACACUUAAGGAACGGGCCUAUGUUGAACAGAUUGAGAAGGCAUAUAGCUAUGCAAGCAAAGUACUUUUGGAUUUUUUGAUGGAAGAAAAAGAGUUGGUUGCUCAUCUUCGGUCCAUCAAGCAUUACUUCCUAAUGGAUCAAGGAGACUUCUUUGUCCAUUUCAUGGAUCUGACUGAGGAAGAACUUAAGAAAACAGUAGAAGACAUCAUUCCAACCCGACUGGAAGCUUUGUUAGAACUAGCGUUACGAAUGAGUACUGCAAAUACAGAUCCUUUUAAGGAUGAUCUAAAGAUUGAGCUUAUGCCACAUGACCUCAUCACACAGCUCCUACGUGUUCUUGCCAUUGAAACUCGUCAGGAAAAAGCCUUAGUUAAUGCUGAUCCAACUGAGCUGGCACUGAGUGGAUUAGAAGCUUUCUCCUUUGAUUAUAUUGUUAAGUGGCCUCUUUCACUAAUAAUUAACAGAAAGGCUCUUACACGUUACCAGAUGCUUUUCCGUCACAUGUUUUAUUGCAAGCACGUAGAGAGACUACUUUGCAACGUGUGGAUCAGCAACAAGGCUGCCAAACAGUUCUCAUUGCAUUCUGCUAAAUGGUUUGCUGGGGCAUUUACUCUCCGUCAGAGGAUGUUAAAUUUUGUACAGAACAUCCAGUAUUACAUGAUGUUUGAAGUGAUGGAACCAACUUGGCACAUACUGGAAAAAAGCCUCAAAUUAGCUUCGAACAUAGAUGAUGUACUUGGUCACCACACAAGUUUCCUUGACAACUGUUUGAAGGAUUGCAUGCUUACCAAUCCAGAGCUUCUUAAGAUCUUCUCAAAGCUGAUGUCAGUUUGUGUUAUGUUCACCAACUGCAUGCAGAGGUUUACACAGAGCAUGCAGGUGCAGACAGAGAUGGAGCGUUUGACCUUGGAGCAUGGAACAAUGAUGGGCCCUCCUACUCAAAGCGAGAAGUCAGAAGAAGCUGUUAAAAAGAAACUCACCUCUAAGUUUCUUGCAGAACAUGUUGAUGCAUUUCAGUCUUCAACUGGUUUUGAAUCAACCAUCAAUAAUUUUGAUAGCAAUUUUUCAACACAUCUCAUGGACCUUCUUGAUAAGUUGAGCAUGUACAGCACCAAUGACUGCGAGCACAGCAUGAUUAAUAUCAUAUAUAGGUUAGAUUUUAAUGGUUUUUACACGGAACGUUUGAAAAGACUUUCUGCAGAAAGAAGCCAAAAGAUUCCCUCUCAAUCCAUUCCUCUACGACAAGCAGUGACCAGCCAGUGAUGUAACAUUAACAAAAGUGAAACAGAAAUCAUUGCAAAGUCCAUCCAAAUUCUGCCUACAAGAACUGUACUACCAUUUUUCCCUGAUAAUAUUCUUUUCUUUUGAGGACAUAAAUGUAAGAAUAGCCCACUCUCUUGGUUGUUAUGGUCAUUUAUAGAUGCGUGUAAUUAUAUUAAGUUUUGGAAUUAUUUAUACAUUCAUGUACUGCAAGAGAACUCACAAUGCAUAACCUGUCCUUCUCUGCAUAGACUGCACCACUUGUAAACAGCUUUUGUAAUCAUUAUCUUUAUUGUCUACUUGCAUAUUAGAAAUAUUAUUUGAAGUUAAUAAACCCUGCUGUUUUCUGGUUGUCUUAAAA